CCGUAACAUAUAACAAAAAAUAAGUAAAAAAAUUUAACACCUAAAUAAAUAGUAUUUAUAUGGUACAUAAGAUAUAAGAUACCUUUGUACCAAACAACUACUAUUACUCGUUAAAGUGGCGGUCAUUCAAGAGUCAUUAAAUGGUUAUACUAACCUACAACAGAAUAUACCGCAAGUUUUUGUUGAUCGACGGUUUGUCCACGAGGCCUAAAAAUGCUCAUCAGCUCACCAUUCAUUCUACCUACCAUUCUACAUCCUGCUUUCUUCCCGUGUCUCUACUCUUUUUGGUCCUACUCCUACUUUGGCUUCUCCAUGUCUUACUAUAUAUGGAAGUUCCGAUUAUUUGCAUAGCUAAUACUACAACACACACUCAUAAUUAUACUACAGAAUCAAUCAUGGAGAAUGAGAAGUCAAAUGAUGUUCUUCAUGUAGUUAUGUUCCCAUUUUUUGCUUUUGGUCAUAUUAGUCCAUUUGUGCAGCUUGCUAACAAGCUCUCCUCUCAUGAUGUCAAAGUUUCUUUCUUCACCGCAUCUGGCAAUGCGACCAGAGUCAAAUCUAUGUUGAAUUCUGCUCCCACUACUCAUAUAGUCCCUCUCACUCUUCCUCAAGUUGAAGGUCUACCUCCUGGUGCAGAAAGUACUGCUGAGUUGACACCAGUAACUGCAGAACUUCUCAAAGUUGCUUUAGACCUUAUGCAACCACAAAUCAGGACUCUACUCACCCAUCUCAAACCCCAUUUUGUUCUCUUUGAUUUUGCUCAAGAAUGGCUCCCAAAAAUGGUUGAUGAAUUAGGUAUCAAGACUGUUUUUUACUCUGUUUUUGUUGCACUUUCCACUGCUUUUCUUACUUGCCCUGCUAGAGUCCCUGAACCCAAAAAAUAUCCCCGUCUUGAAGACAUGACAAAACCUCCACCUGGAUUUCCUCACACCUCUGUCACUUCAGUCAAAACUUUUGAGGCUCGAGAUUUUCUAUACAUUUUCAAGAGCUUCCAUGGCGGUCCUACUGUAUAUGACCGUGUACUCUCAGGACUCAAGGGUUGCUCUGCUAUACUAGUCAAGACUUGUUCUCAAAUGGAAGGCCCUUAUAUAGAAUACGUGAAAGCACAAUUCAAUAAACCUGUUUUUCUUGUAGGACCAGUAGUCCCUGAU